UAAUAUGUAUCUUCAUAGAUAAUGAUACUAAUUUGGUGGUUGAUAACUUUGUGUAGUAAUGGAGAUAACUGAUCAUGUGGAAAAUAUUUUAAAAGGCGUUAAUAAAUUUGGGAAAUAUCAAAUAUUUGCAUAUCUUUCUCUGGGGUUUGUGUAUAUGUUCAAUAUAUUCGACUUGGGAUACAUUUUUAUAGCGAGAGAUGCAAAGUACAGAUGUUUCAUACCAGAAUGUGAGGCCGAUUCGAGGUCAGUAAUUUACAAUCCCGAAUGGCUGAAGGAUUUUGUGCCAUUCAAAGGAGGCUCUCCAGACAGUUGUCAUCGUUAUGCAAUGAUGAACAACACUUGUUCUGUGACGGAUAUCUCUAGAAACGAAACACAAGCUUGUGAACAGUUCGUCUACCAAACUCACGAUAUUACGAUUGUACAUGAUUUUGGGAUACAUUGUGAAGAAAACGUAUGGAAAUUAACAAUAGUAGGUACAGUUUCUAUGUGUGGAGAGCUCGUAGGUCUAUCUUAUUCAGGAUUUAUUUCCGACAGGUAUGGCCGAAAAACAAUUUUAAUCGCAGGUGUUUUACUAAGUACACUAUGUGGGAUCCUAAAAUCUCUAUCUGUGUCCUAUACAAUGUAUGUUAUAAUGGAAUUUCUUGAUCCAGCACUAGGAGCCGGAAUGUAUAAUGCAGCUUUUAUAUUGGCAAUGGAAUUUGUGGCACCGAAACAUAGGAAUUUUGCAAAUACAGUGAUAUGUUGUCUUGUUGCUUCUAGCCAAUGUAUUUUAGCACUUGCUGCUUGGUUGACUCCUUCUUGGAGAAUUAUGUUACGAAUAUUAUACAUUCCAGGAUUUAUUGCUAUUACCUUUUUUUGGACCAUACCUGAAUCGAUAAGAUGGCUGUUAUCGAAAAACAAAAUAGAAGAAAUUCAGAUAAUCGUUUCCCGCCUCCAGGGAAAGGAAACCUUGAGUGAGAAUACCACUCUUCUAACUUUUUUUCACUCUUACGCUGAAAAAAGGUCCAUAGUGACCGAGAAACAAUCAGAAACUUUCAUAGAUGCCGUCAAAUCCAGAAUUUUACUGCUUAGAUUAAUACAUUGUGCUUUUACGUGGAUAUGUUGUACUUUUUUAUAUUUCGGACUAACGAUGAAUUCGGUUACUUUAUCUGAAGAUGUUUAUUCGAGUUUUAUUCUUUCCGCACUCGUGGAAAUUCCAGGUUAUUUAAUUUAUUAUUACGGAAACUCGAAAAUCGGUAGAAGGCUGUUUCUGUCAAUUACUUUCAUUUCAGCUGGCGUUUCUUGUUUAGCUGUAGGAUUUAUUCCGAAAGAUUUACAUUGGUUGAAAUUGACAUUAUACUUGGUGGGAAAAUGUUCAGCAACAAUAAGUUAUACUGUGAUUUACGUUUAUACAACAGAAAUGUUCCCGACUACUUGUAGGCAUUCCACGCUAUCAGUAUGUUCAAUGCUGGGACGAUUCGGAUCUAUGCUAGCACCUCAGAUUCCAUUUAUGGCAAGAAUGUACGAAAUCCUGCCUUUAAUUUUGUUCGCGAUCAUUGGUUCGACCUCUGGAACUUUAGCGUUGUUAUUUCCAGAAACACUGAAUACUAAACUGCCAGAAACAAUUCAGGAAGCAAUCGAUAUUGGCAAAAACCAAAAGCGGAACAUCUAAUACUAUAAAUUCGGUAUAUUAUUCAAAGAAGAAAUAAUCGAUUUGACAAAUUGGUGAAACGAUAAUAUACUGAGAAUUUCCAAAUCUCAAA